GGGAAAAAUUGGAAGGGUCUUGCACUUUCUGUCGCUCGCUAUCACUCAGUCUUCUGCUGACCAAUAGUUCUGGUUAGCUCCCAAACCUCAUGAACUCCGCUUGAAAUUUGACCUCAUUUUCUCGAGAAAAAGAAAAACCCUCAGUCACAUUUCACGGGAAACGCAAAGGCCUGAGAAAGAGAGGGAAAGAGUUAGCGUGCUUGUGGAAUGGGAUCGGGCGCCGCAAUCCCCCAAUGGACCUCAGAGCCUUGCAUCAUGGGCAUCGAUGAAGCUGGCCGAGGCCCUGUUUUAGGUCCAAUGGUGUACGGAUGCUUGUACUGUGCUCGCUCGUAUGAGAAGACUCUCUCCUCUUUGAAUUUUGCAGAUUCGAAGACACUGAAAGAAGAGAAGAGGGAGGAAUUAUUUGAGAAUUUGAAGGCUGACGAAUCCAUUGGGUGGGCUGUUGAUAUCAUAGAUCCAAGGGAACUUUCGGCCAAAAUGCUGAAGAAAAAUAAGAUAAACCUGAAUGAAAUCUCACAUGACUCUGCCAUUGGCCUUAUCACUAAAGUCCUAAACAUGGGAGUUCUUCUAACUGAGGUUUAUGUGGAUACGGUGGGAGAUGCUGAGAAGUAUAGGACUAAACUGUCUGAAAGAUUCCCUGCUGUCAAGUUUGUCGUUGCAAAGAAGGCUGAUAGUCUUUAUCCAGUUGUCAGUGGGGCAAGCAUAGUUGCAAAAGUCACAAGAGACAGAGCUUUGCGGGACUGGGUGCUUGAGGAAACAGCUGAAGACUUGCACAAAGACUUUGGUUCUGGAUAUCCUGGAGAUCCAAAUACUAAGGCCUGGUUGCAACAUCACAAACACUUGGUUUUUGGAUUCCCAACAUUGGUCCGUUUCAGCUGGGGUACAUGCACUCCCUAUUUCAAAGACAUUGUUGAAGUCUCAUGGGAAUCCAAUGAAACGGAUGGAGAUGGUUCUAGCAGUGCUAAUGGCAAGCGGCAAUUGAAAUUAAGUAAUUUUGGUGUCACAAAAUCCAAAAGAAAGAUUGAAGAAAUUGAAUCAAGUGGUAAAGGACGCUGCAAAUUUUUUAUGGCUCGUAAACUUGAGCAAGUCACUCAAUUCUAAGUAGAAGGUUUGACACGUUAUGAUUUGUAUUUUUGCUUCUCUCCAAUUAUUUGCCUUUCUUGAUUCAAAUCAGAGAAUCAUUGGAGUUUUGCUUCACCGUUCUCAUUAUUGAGAAAGGCAAAUGAAAGAACUUAAACAACCUAUUGUAGUGUUCUUUUUUUUAAAAUUUAAUUUUUGACCGAGGGCGAGUAAUAUGAUGAUGAAAAAUUUCUUCCGUAUCUGUGCAAUCCAUUGUAUGUCCAUUUUGGAGUUAUAAU